UAUCGUAGGUCACGACUCGACCCACAGUAGAAUCUCUUGAUCCAGUCUCAACUGUUGCCCAUCACUUUAUAUUAGCAAUAAUAAUAAGGCUCCUGUGUGUAGAUAGAAAGACUCCUGGUGCUCGAGCGAUGCACACGUGCAACCAUCUCAGUUAUCGAGCACACUCAAGACUCGAAACCCAGCACCUUCACUCCUCCAGACGAUCUCGUGUCGUGUAUAUCGUCUUACAGUCUACUUCGGACUCAUCAUCAGUGGCCUCAGGUUAUAUUCACGUUAUCGCAAGUAGAACAUUUUAAAAUCAACAUUGAUAAUGGUGUUGAUGAAUUCAUUUCUAUAACUUGAACACAAAUAAAGUGACAACUGGAUUAGUGUGAGUAAUUUUGUGGUUAGUAUUGUCGAGUGCUUCGUUCCAUGAAGUCCGACAUUGCGAGAAAAUUACGAGCGUCCUGUGCAGUAUACCCGAAACAAAUAAAUAGCAAUUCCAGUGGGUCAAGUUCACGGUUGAUCUUUGUGGCGAGAGGUACACAGAAUGAGAUGAAAGGUGGACAACAACAGUCAACCCCGUGUAGUGCAAGUCAGUCGCCAAGUCAUUGAGAACUUGUUUGACCAAGUCUCCUUCAGACACCUCGAAGAUAGUGUUAAAUUUUCACGCAAUGUUAGUGUGAUUUGCAAAUUAUUAUAAAUCAAGUUUGCUUUUUAUGUGUUGCAAGUGUUUAUUUAUGGCAAUAUUUAUUAGUUUUAUUAUAUUCUCUUUUGAAAGUUUUAUUAUGAUGAAAAGUUAAAAAAGAAAAUUGUGACUAAUUGAUUUAAUAGUUGUUCAAAGUCAAUGUACUGUACUAGUGAUUAAAUAUUAUAUUUGUUGUAGAUAAAUAUAUUGUGACAUGAUAAAGCAAAUUGUAUUAAAAUGUAAAAAAAUAGUGCAUUCAUUGCGGAACUGCACAUCCAUCAAAGAAUAAUCAUGAAUUGUGAACUCGUGUAGUGGAACAUUUCAUUUGUUAUUAAAAAGAUUUCACGACUCAAAGUCGACCCAGUAAAUCAAGAAUGCCUGGCUUACUACAAGAAAUUCACUGAACCAUUUAUAAAAAAGAUUGCAGUACCUUUUAUAUUUUUACACUUAAUACGGAUUGUUCAGUAUAGGUGUUUACUUAAAAUGGGUAAUUCAAGAUCUCAGCCCUGUCAACCACGUAAACCCAUGUUUUUUUUCUAUCUUAUCAAUCGUACAUGGAACGGAGUACGUAGAGAUAAAGAAAACAGAAGAUCAAAGGAAGCCGAUCAUGAUACAGAAUCAUCAAGAUGCAGCGGAUGUAAAGGAUGCGAUUACCAACAGGACAGUUUAAUCUUCGAUAGUGAAUCAGAGAUGGCACCAAAUGCAGAAGAAGAAAUGCUUGCUGUGAAACCUUGGGGAUUACAACAAGAAAAAGAACGUCUCCGUCCACCAACCUACAAUGCUGAAGACUAUGCUAUGGCUUUACGAAGAUGGGGAAGACGUCCACUAACAAAUAAUCAUGAUUCUCAAGGGACAUUACCCUCAACAACUAGUUCAAGUUCCGGUUAUGUAUCCGGAAGUGGAGAAAUGACUUUGAGACAAUUUACAUCUGUUAGUGAAUUGCUUAACAAAUUACGAGCAGAUCUUAGGCUUGCUUUUCCUAGUUUUGUCCAAGAAUUCGCUUCAGCACCUGCAGAUGGAAUAACAUUACUAUUGGAGACACUACGAGGAGUACAACUGGUGCAAAGUACACCGCCAUCAGGACAAACUGGACCUCGUAUUGGAACAAGAAGAGCAGCACUUGAUGAGCUCGGUUGUGUUGAGUGUUUGGCUGCAUGCGUUGAAAGGUGUGCUGAUGCUCCACGACUUUUGUCACAAGCACAACCAGGACUUCUCGCACUUGCAGUCUGUCUGACUAGUAGCUUGAACCGGUCUCGGGUUCUGGCUCUUCAGCUUUUGACGAAGGUAUGUCAGACACCCGGAGGUCAUGCGGCUGUUUCUGAAGCUGUUUCAACAUUAAGAUUACGAUAUGGAGAAGGUGGAAGAUUUCGAUUUCUCGCUGGAGCUCUUCUUGCUCCAAGAGCAGCUAUUGCCUUAAGAGUUGCUGGAAUUUCAUUUCUCAAUGCUUUCUUAAAAUCUGCACCAAAAACUCAAACGAGGCUUUACAUACAAGCUGAAGCUUGUGAAGCUGGACUUGAGCCUCGAGUUUUGCAAGACUGGCUAACUGAAGAUGAGGGUAGAAAUGAUGACACUUUGAUGGAUUUAUUAAAAAAAGAAAUUCAAAAGUGGUCAGCCAACUGUGUCGAUGUAGACAUUUUACAAAAGCGUCUAGCUCAAGCUGAAGAGACAUGUGUGAUGCUUGGAAAUAAAAUAAUGGUAUUAGAAGAUCAACUGGAGAAAUUAAGACUAGAGAAAAGGAUGAAUUAUAAUAUCACAGAAAAAAAAUUUAAAUCAUUAACAGACGUUCAAGAGACACAACGAUUAUCUUCUAAUGGAGAGGAUGAAGGAAUUAGUUCAUCUGAGAGAUCCAGCAGUCCUGAAGAUUUACAUCAAAAUAGACAGAUUGAAGGUAAAGCAGUCGACAACGAUCAAGAGACAACGAUUGAUGAUGUCAUUGAAGAACUUAGAAUAAUCGUUAAAGAUGCGGAGGAAGAGGAUAGAAAAAGUAAAGAGAGCUUUAAAGAUAGAUCUGCUAUUAAAUUACCUCUUAGUCAAGAAUCAAGUAUUCAAAGUCAAGAGAAAGCUAAAUUAAAAUUAGAUUCUCUACCAAAUAUCUCGGACACGAAAAAAAAUCCCGUUAACCGUUUACAACGAGAUGAUCAAAAUUUUAGUAUUAAUGAAGAUGAAACAAGAUUGCCAAAUGUCGUGUCGAAGACAUCUACAGAUGGAGGUAGUUUAAAAAUUAUCGUUCAAGGUCCAGAUGUUGAAGAAGCUAUCGUGCCAGCAAUUAUACAUCCACAACCACCAAGAAAAUUUCCUCCUUGUUUGUCAACUAUUAUUGCAACUAGAACGGAUGAAUUUCUGCAACAUCCUGUUUAUAAUUCUCAUGAUGAUGAAGACGCAGAGGAAGAGACAUUAGGUGAUGGAAGCGAUUCUUUGUUAAGUGCCUCUAGAUUAAAAUAUAAUAAUAAAGAUAAAGAAUCGUGUAUCGAUUUGGAAGGUCAACUUUAUUUAGGCAAAAAUGGAGUAACAUCAAGAGAUUUAUUAAAUAAUGAUCACGAAGUAGAAAAGAAAGAUAAAAAAAUUUGUAAGGAUUAUGAUAAAAGUGGUAGUAAGAACUUUGAUUCAGGACCUUGUAAAUAUUUCGAAGCUUAUCGUCAAUUUGAACCAGUUGGAAAACCAAAUGAGCGUAAUCGGUAUAAAAAUGAAGUUGAAAAAAAAAAAUUCCUUCGAAGAUCUAUUAGUCAAGAUCAUAUAAAUCCUCAGGAUGCUAAUGUAAAUGUUAGGAAAUCCAACAAUACUAGUAGUAACAAGGUCGAGAGUCGUAUAAGAAAAUUUGAAAGUAUGAAUUCUUUUGAGAAUGCAAGCUUACAUGAUUUAUCACGAAAUAGUAGUCAAUGUAGUCGACGGAAGGUUUGCGAUAAUGAGAAUUUGAAAAAAAUUCGAAGAUCUGAGUCAUGUCAUCAUGUAUCGUAUGUUAAGAAAGAAAAUUAUCAUGAAGGAGGUAGUGACAGUGGACUUCAUUACUUUACAGAUUAUAAUCUGGAGCCUGUAGUCACAAGAAAAUCACAACCUGAAGCCUUAGAGCCUAUGACUCAGCUAACUAAAUCUUUAGAUAGGAUUGACGAAGGCCUUGACUCAUUAGUAAAUAUCGUUAUCGGAGGAUCAAAAUCACACUGGUCACAACAUACUCGACUUUUAAAAGAAAAAACUGUAAAAACUUCUAGAUUAGAUGAUAAAGUUACAAAUAAAAUUCGAUCUGAACAACAAAAUUCACCGACAAAACAUCCAGUCAGAGUACUAGAAAAUAAAAAUACUUCGAGGAAUUCGUUUGAUAAUUAUUUAAAGUUUAAUGGAUCUUGCAAUGGACCAUACAACUCAUCAAUUAUAAGAAACGAUGAGCUAUAUCAUAUAGACAGACCUCACCGCAGUCAUCAGAAUGAAUUAAAUACCUUUGGUAAAAUUUCCAAUUUUAAAUCUGACAAUAAUUUGUCGAUGAUUUCAUCUCUUCACCAUGAAAAGUCACCAAGCAAGUUUUUAAUUAAUGAUGCUGGUAUUUUUCUUUCUUCCGGAAAACCUCACGAUGCCUUUGGUUUAGGAAAAAAUCGUUUUAAUGCUGGAAAAUAUUCUGGAAAUCCAACAUCAACAGAUAAAAUAGGAUUACGAAGAAAUUCAGUGUCAUCUACAGCAAUAAAACGUGGUAAAGUGACAGAUAUACUUUCGGGUUUAUAUUAAUAUAAAAUAAAUGAAAUUUUAAAAACAAGAAUGUGCAAUAAAUACAAGUAUUAUUUUUAAUAAUUCAAUAUUGGUGCAGGAAAAUUAGUUAAUCUUUUUGUUUAUAUUAUUUCAGUUAUAUAAUAAUGAGUAGAUACUGAUUAAAUAAUGUAAAUAUAUAGUAGCUACUUAAAUUUGUAUGACGAAUUUAUUAAAUAUACUUUUUAAA